AUGCCCUCUGAGUCUCCAGCAGACCCCUGGGCUGUGGCUGCCCCCAACGCCACCGUGGCGGCGGCAUGGACCAAUGCCAGCGCGCCGGAGAAGGCCCUGUUCCACAUGUUCGCCCAGCUGGACGAGGAGCUGCACAGCACCUUCCCGGGCCUCUGGCUGGCACUGAUGGUCUUGCACAGCGUCAUCUUCCUGGUGGGGCUGGUGCUCAACGGACUGGCGCUGUACGUAUUCUGCUGUCGCACCCACGCCAAGACACCAUCGGUCAUCUAUACCAUCAACUUGGUGGUCACCGACCUGCUGGUGGGUCUGUCGCUGCCCACACGCUUUGUGGUCUUCUACAGUGCACGUGGUUGCCUCCGCUGCGCCUUCCCCCACGUCUUUGGCUACUUCCUCAACAUGCACUGCUCCAUCCUCUUCCUUACCUGUAUCUGUGUGGACCGCUACCUGGCCAUUGUGCAGCCUGAUGGCUCUCGCCGCUGGCGCCAGCCAGCUUGUGCCAGGGCCAUGUGCACCUUUGUGUGGCUGGCAGCCGGCACUGUGACCCUGUCUGUGCUGGGAGUGACGACGGGCGGGCAACCUUGUUGCCAUGUCUUCGCCCUGACUGUCCUGGAGUUCCUGCUGCCCCUGAUGGUCAUCAGCGUGUUCACGGGCCGCAUUGUGUGUGCACUGUCGCGACCUGGCCUGCUGCGCCAGGGCCGCCAGCGCCGUAUGCGGGCCAUGCAAUUGCUACUCACGGUGCUCGUGAUCUUCCUGGUGUGUUUCACACCCUUCCAUGCCCGCCAGGUGGCCGAGGCCCUAUGGCCCGGCCUGCCUCGCCACACAAGCCUCGUGAUCUACCAUGUGGCUGUGACCCUCAGCAGCCUCAACAGCUGCAUGGACCCCAUCGUCUACUGCUUCGUCACCAGCGGCUUCCAGGCCACCGUCCGAGGCCUCUUCCACAGGCAUGGAGCAGAGUGUGAGGCCAGUGGCAACAUGGUUAUCAUGCACAAGAGUGUCAAGGGCUCGAGCUCCCACCACAUCCUCAGCGCAGGACCACGGGCCCUCGCACAGGCCCUGGCUAAUGGGCCUGAGCCGUAG